GAGCCCCUUAUCCCUAUGGAGAGUGCCGAGACCGAACCGAGUGAUAGCCGCCCGGAGGAGGACGGCGUAGCGCCUAGCAGCGGCCUCCCACCUCCGGAGCAGCCCGUACCCACGAUGGAAGACUGUUUGGCAAAAAAAAUGGAGAUCACUGUUUCAGAAGCUGAAAAACGGACUGGGAGGAAUGCCAUGAACAUGCAAGAAACAUACACAGCUUACCUCAUUGAGACAAGAGCUGUUGAGACCCAGAGUGAAGGGCAGUGUGCUCCAGUGGACUCCCUGUGGCGACGUUACAGUGAAUUUGAGUUGUUGAGGAGUUAUUUGUCAGUUACCUAUCCACAUAUUGUUGUUCCACCGUUGCCAGAAAAAAGGGCUGACUUUGUUUGGCAUAAGCUAUCAGCAGAUAAUAUGGAUCCUGAUUUUGUGGAAAGAAGAAGAAUUGGUUUGGAAAACUUCUUGUUACGUGUGGCUUCACAUCCUGUUCUUUGCCAAGACAAAAUCUUUUAUUCAUUUUUAACACAGGAGGCUGGAUGGAAAGAAGUGGUGAAUGAGACUGGAUUUCAAUUAAAGGCAGAUUCCAGAUUAAAAGCUCUUAAUGCAACAUUCAGAGUGAAAAACCCAGACAAGAGAUUUACUGAGCUAAAACACUAUAGCGAUGAACUGCAGUCUGUCAUAUCACACCUUCUGCGAGUCAGAGCUAGGGUAGCAGACCGGCUAUAUGGUGUCUAUAAAGUCCAUGGCAACUAUGGAAGAGUGUUCAGUGAGUGGAGUGCAAUAGAAAAGGAGAUGGGGGAUGGGUUGCAGAGUGCUGGCCACCACAUGGAUGUAUAUGCAGCUUCUAUUGAUGACAUACUGGAAGAAGAGGAACAUUAUGCAGAUCAGCUGAAAGAAUAUCUCUUCUAUGCAGAAGCACUACGGGCAGUUUGCAGGAAACAUGAACUAAUGCAAUAUGACUUGGAAAUGGCUGCACAGGACCUAACAACUAAGAAACAGCAGUGUGAGGAGUUGGCAACAGGAACUGUGAGAACAUUCUCUCUGAAAGGCAUGACCAGCAAGCUCUUUGGGCAGGAAACCCCUGAGCAGAGGGAAGCAAAGAUAAAGGUUCUAGAAGAGCAGAUACAGGAAGGAGAAGAACAACUGAAAUCCAAAAAUCUGGAGGGCAGAGACUUUGUGAAAAGUGCCUGGGCUGACAUCGAGCGGUUCAAAGAGCAGAAGAACCAUGAUCUGAAGGAGGCACUCAUAAGCUACGCGGUUAUGCAGAUCAGCAUGUGCAAAAAGGGAAUUCAAGUUUGGACAAAUGCAAAGGAAUGCUUCAGCAAGAUGUGA